AUGCGUUUCCCCGGGGACGGGGUGAACAACCUGUGUCAGAAGGCGCUUCACAUCGUAGCGGAGCUCUGCUUCGCGGGCCAAGUGGAGUGGGAGAAAUGCUCUAGCAUCUUCCCCCAAGAUAAAGCCAACCAAGGUGGAGGCAGCACAGAUAUUUCUGUCAGUCUUUUAGCUGUAGUAGUCAGCUUUUGUGGAAUGCAAUUGCUGGUGGUCUCACUCCUUGUCUUCUGGAAACUCUGCUGGCCAUUUUGGAGAAGGAAACCUCUUACUUCCAAUGUUGGUACCCUGCCACAGAGCAUCUCAAUUACUCCAACCUUUGAGACUGAGGAAAAAGAAGAGAAAAAAGAAAAUGAGAAACUGUCUCCCCAAAUUGAAUCUGCAAUGAAAAUCAGCCACACUUCCCCAGAUAUACCCACCGAAGUACAGAAUGCUUUGGAAGAACAUCUCAUUAAACAUAAACAUGUCCAGAGACAGACCACUGAGCCGACAUCUUCAUCCCGGCAUAAUUCAUUCAGGAGGCAUCUACCAAGACAAAUGCAAGUGUCCAGUGUUGAUUUUUCUGUGGGCACAGAACCAGUUUUAUGGAGAGGAGAGACAACCACCAGCAUUGGGAGAAUAAAACCAGAGCUCUAUAAACAGAAGUCAGUUGACUCUGAGGGCAACAGGAAUGAAGAUGUCAAAUCUUGUGGGAAACUUAACUUUACUCUCCAAUAUGAUUAUGAAAAUGAACUACUCGUUGUUAAUAUUAUCAAAGCCUUAGAUUUACCUGUGAAAGAUUUCACAGGAACAUCUGAUCCCUAUGUGAAAAUAUACCUUCUUCCAGAUAGGAAAAAGAAGUUUCAGACCCGGGUACACAGGAAGACUUUAAAUCCCUUAUUUGAAGAAACCUUUCAAUUUCCUGUAGCCUACGACCAACUGAGCAACAGAAAACUACACUUUAGUAUAUAUGAUUUUGACAGAUUUUCUAGACAUGACAUGAUUGGGGAAGUGAUUCUGGAUAAUUUUUUUGAAGUCUCUGACCUUUCCAAGGAAACUACAGUGUGGAAAGAUAUCCAUUGUGCAACUACUGAAAGCAUAGAGCUGGGUGAAAUCAUGUUUUCCCUUUGUUAUUUACCUACGGCCGGGCGUAUGACAUUAACAGUCAUUAAGUGCAGAAAUCUCAAGGCAAUGGAUAUCACAGGUUCAUCAGAUCCAUAUGUAAAAGUGUCAUUGAUGUGUGAGGGUCGAAGAUUGAAAAAAAGAAAAACAAGUACCAAAAAAAAUACUUUAAAUCCAGUUUAUAAUGAGGCCAUCAUUUUUGAUAUUCCUCCUGAGAAUGUGGACCAGGUCAGCCUCUUGAUUGCUGUCAUGGAUUAUGAUAGGGUAGGACACAAUGAGGUAAUUGGAAUAUGUAGGACGGGACUGGAUGCUGAAGGUCUUGGAAGAGAUCAUUGGAAUGAAAUGCUAGCCUAUCACAGAAAACCAAUAACUCAUUGGCAUGCAUUGCUAGAAGUAAGUUAA